AUGAACAAAACAUGUUUUAGAUGUUUUUAUGUUUUAAUGUUUUUGUGUUUUCUAUGUUUUUGUGUUUUUGUGUUUUUCGUGUUUAUUUUUAAUUCUGAUUUUUUUGUAUUUUCUGUUCUGUAUUUUCUAUUUCUGAUUUUGUAUUUUUUAUUUUGUAUUUUUUGUAUUUUCUGUUUCUGAUUUUUUGUGUUUUAUUAUUCUGAUUUUAUUUAGUUUUGCUUCAUGUUUGUUGUAUUUUUGCUUUAAUUCUAAUUUUUGUAUUUUCUCGUAUUUUUAGUUUUAUGUUUUCUGUAUUUUUUCAGAAUUUUUUGUAUUUUUAAAAUAUUAUUUACCCAAUUCUAUAGUAGUCUUUCCUUCAGAACAAUUUUCAGUUAAACCUUCAGCAGUUAAACCUCUUUUUGGUAAUUCUACAGGUGGAACAGAAACUACUGGAGGAAGUGAUGGAGAAGGUUUGUAAACUCCAAUUGCUGUUUGUGUAACUGUUGUCUCAAUGUUUUUAAGCAGUUUUUAAUUACUGCUUUAAUUUUGAAGAAAUUUUUUGUUGUCGUUUUAUUUAAAAUUUAGUAGUAAAAUUAAAAAUAAUGAAAAUUAAUUAAUUUUAAUUAAUUUAAAGGAAUUUUUAAAAUUGUUGUUAAUAAUUAGUAGCAGUAAACAAUUUUGUUUAAUUUGCAAUAAAUUUUUAAAUCUAUUAAAUUUAAUCAAUUUAAACCUAAAAACAUGUUUUAGCUAUCAAAAACAUGUUUUAAAUGUUUUUGGAUUUUGUUUUGUGUUUUUCAUGUUUUGUAUUUUAAGUUUUUAAAUGUUUUUGUUGUUUCUAUGUUUAUUUUUAAUUCUGAUUUUUUGUAUUUUUUUGUUUUUCUGAUUUUGUAUUUCUGUAUUUCUGCUUCAGAUUGUAUUUUUGUUUUUCUGCUUAUGACUUUUUUUCAGAAGUG